ACUUUAUACACUGUCUAUCAGCAGCUACAUUUUUGUUUUUCCCCUGAUUAUACGUCUCCUGGUUUUUAAUGACCUUGAAGUUGGUUCGUUCUCGAACAAUAAUACUUGAUCCAGGUGCGGCGCGAGCAAUAAUCCGCCAACACGUUGAUUAUGAUGAACUGCUUUCAAAUUCAUGACUCGAUCGCAUAUUCUAUUGUCGACCACCAUGAGUAAUGCUUCAGAGAACAAUUUAGAGAGCAUAGAACUAGCGAUGCAGAUUCCACUACCUGCCUCGAAUCUCAAUCCCAGUUCCGUCUCUGUUAACGCUGUACUUCCAUCUGAUGAUGGCUUCUCUAGCAUCGACAGCAUACCAUCUAUCAACAGAAAUCAAUCUUCCUUACCGCCAGUAGACAAAGGUUUUGGUGCUUGGUCUUUUUUAACUGCAGCCUUCGUCGUGGAAGCUAUUGUCUGGGGGUUUCCGACCUCAUUCGGUGUUUUCUUAGAUGUAUACCUAAAGGAUACGAAAUACACCGCUCAGCCCAAGGCAUCGAGUUUACUUCCUCUAAUUGGUCCAGUCUCAUCUGGUAUCAUUUACUGCUCUGGACCUUUCAUCACUCCUGUAAUAACUAGAUAUCCAUAUCAUAAACGUACUUUUAUGUACGUCGGCACACUUCUCUGCUGGGCAUCUCUAUUCGCUGCCAGUUACACCACUCAAAUCCUUCCAUUGGUUGUAUUACAAGGUGCUUUGUAUGCUAUCGGAGGAUCAAUGCUCUACAUCCCCUGCAUCUCCUAUCUAUCCGAAUGGUUUCAUCAUAAGCGUGGAUUCGCUAACGGCGUAGUUUCCGCUGGAACAGCAGUCGGAGGCAUCCUCCUCCCUCUCAUCUUACCCCCUUUAUUAUCUUCCUAUGGCCCUCCUAAAACAUUGCGAAUCCUAUCCAUUGCGAUAGCUCUUCUUUUAGUGCCCCUGCUUCCUCUCAUUAAAGGCCGUUUGCCUGAAUCUCGCAUUCGAGCUAUGGGACCAACCCCUCGUGGACGAGGGAACACAGAGUGGACGAGAAGCAUGUCGUUCUGGGUUUUAGUAGUUGCUAAUACCCUCCAGGGAUUUGGAUAUUUUGUGCCUAUUGUUUGGCUUCCUACAUUUGCCAGUGCUUUGAAUCUCAAUAGUUCAACUGUGUCAAUGGCUCUGGCGCUCCUCAACUGCGGUUCUGUUAUAGGCCGACUAACAACAGGAUACCUUUCUGAUAAAAUCAAUCCCUGGACCUUAGGGCUCUCAACGUUAGCCUCCACUUCUGCCGCCACGUUCAUACUUUGGGGUGUUUUGUCAUAUAAUCUCGCUGGAUUGCUAUCGUUCAGUGUAGCUUAUGGGAUUCUUGCCGGAGGUUGGUCGAGCACAUGGAACGGGUUUACCAAGCCUUUGAGUGCCAACGAUCCAAAUCUCUUUACCACUCUUUAUGGCAUUUUACUCUUCUCUCGUGGUCUAGGAAAUAUAUUCUCAACACCCAUCUCUUCUGCUUUGACGAGUUUGGACUCCAACUCUACAGUUUCAUCUACUUUCAACCACUCGGGGCACCUUGGCUUUAACGUCGGCGGAGGGAAGUUUGGGAAAAUGAUUGUGUAUGUAGGGACGUGUUUUGCUGCCGCUGCUUUGAUCGCAUUGGUGGGCUGGGGAAUGGAUGCGGCGAGACGACGUAGGUCACUUGAAAGGCAAGCAGGGCAGGAACAGCAGAGUUGA